AUGAACAAACAUAAAAUACCACGGCAACCGACAGCUUCGUCGCAUUUUAAAGAAGAAAAAAAUUCCUGUCAAACAAUUAUACCAUGUCGACGACGAGAAAUUUCUCCAAUUGAAUCAACAUUAACACAUAUGUCGAUAACACUAAGUACAACACCAAUUGAUUGGAAAUUACGUUAUGAAACUUUACAAAAUCAACAUCAACUUGAACUUGAACGUGUUCGUCAUCAUUAUGAACAUCAACUUAAAGAAAAAGUAACAGAGAUAAGAACACAAUUAAAACAUGAAUAUGAACAACAACUGUCUGAAUUUCAAGCUCGUUUAUUUGAACAACAACGUCAACAAAUACAUAAUUUAAGUUCAAGUAGUCUUGGUCUCGAUCAAAGUAUAGGUGAUCAAGUUCGAGAACAAAUACGUUUAGCACAAGAAAAUGAUCGUAAAGAUGAGGAACUUCGACAAUGUUUAUUAAAACAAUCAACUAAUAGUGAUGAACUCAAACAAAUUAUCAAUAAAUUACAUAAUGAAGGUAUACAUGUCUUAACCUUAAGUGAACGUCUUGCAUUACAAUUAAAUGGUAUAAAUAUCAAUACAAAAGAAGUUUCACUUGAUUCAUUACAAAAACUAGAUGAAGAAAAUUCUUUUCUCCGUUCUUUUAUUGCUAAUAUGAAUGCUAAUGAAACUGCUGAUAAAUUAAUAAAAUCUCUAGCAGAUGUAUUUCGUUGCGAACAAGAACGUCGUAUAAUACAAAGUCGUCAACAUGCAAAUUCUGAUAAACUUGAACAAGAUAUUCAUGCUAUGUGUAAUUAUCAACGUGAUGCAUUAGCAAAAUUUUUUCCUCAAGACGGUCAUUUAUUAAACAAUGAAUUUAAUAAAUCCAAACGACUACAAAAUCAAUCAAUAUCAAAUAAAUUUUAUUUCAAAUAUAUACGUAGUGAAAAUUAUCGAAAAGCCUUAAUAUAUCAAAAACGAUAUCUACUUGUUUUAUUAACUGGUUAUGCAGAUACAGAAACAUAUGCAUUAAAUGAAAUUAGACGUUUAACUGGAGAUAUGAAACAAAAUUCUUAUCCUUAUCAAUUUCAAUAUGAUAAAAUGAAAUUAAUUCCUAAACAACCAUAUCAUAAACAUUUAUAUAAUUAUCGUUUUCGUUUUCGAUAUUAUGUUAGAGUUGUUAUUGCAAUUAUUCGAAUGCGUUGUUUUGCUAAAAAAUGGACUCAAAAAUUAGCUUCUGGGAAAUAG